AUGCCUCCUUCCAAAACAAUAGAUGCACUAUCAUGUGCUAUAAUUGCUCGGUUCCUGCGCAGCAACAACUAUUCUGAGACACUGAACGCUUUUCUCCGCGAGGCUGACCUUGCUCCCGACGUGGGGCAGACCUCGGGCGAUGACACCAACAACUGGACCAUCCAAAGCUUGCUCGAGGAGAAGAACACAUACGACCAAACCGUGGAUUUUGAAAGAUAUGGCAAGGGUCAUCAACAGUCGGAUUUAUGGAGCCAGCCAGCACCAUCAAAACCUGCUCUCAUCCAGACGCCGACAUCAUCAAAUAUCCUUGCUGCGUCGGUAGAGAAAUGGCAGAAACCUCGCGAUGAUGUCGAUGGAGCUGCCUCGGCGCAGUCUUAUAUCGUCUCCACGAGUGCAGACAAACAAGUCCAUUUAUUCGAGACAGCAGAAGGCAAUACGGCUCUGAAGUCAUUCUCGGGCCUCUCUGCUACACCCGUUCUGUCAUUUGCCUCGAUCCUCCAGGGCCGAUACAUCCUCAUGAGCAACAUGUCCGGCCAGCUAAUCCUCCAACAUGGAUCUGAAACGCUUGACAGCAGAAAGGACCAUGCAAAGUACCUGGUGAAGGUGGUAGCCUACGAAGACAAGACAGAUCCUUCUAAGUGGUGGGUUGCCACCGCCGGCUGGGACGAGCAUGUUUUGUUAUAUUGCCUCAAUAUCCCCGAUGAAGCAAACGCACCGGCACUCAAGAUUGGCGAGCCCGUUACACGCAUCAAACUCAAUUCAAACCCCGAAUCACUGCUGUUUGCACCACAUGUGGACACCAACGAGCUGCUGCUCCUCGUCUCACGCAGAGACUCGACUCAUAUCUACUACUAUAAGGUAGAAGGAGCACCGGAAGCUCGCCUUCUUGGACACCAGAACCUAGCACCCCAUUCCAAUGCCUGGAUUGCGUUCUCGCUGUGCGAUAUGGCGCUCAGUCCACACGACUCGAGCCUCCUGGCUGUAGCGACGUCGUCAUUGCCCCAUAUGAAAGUGAUCAUCGUGCGUCUGCUAUUCCCUGCAACAGAGACAUCGGUCGCUUCAGAGGACCCAGUGACACAGGCAUCUCAAGCAAUGACGACGCUGGAACUAGAGAACCGUGAGGAUGCUGCUAUCCUCGUGCAGGCAAACACCCUCGCCCCGCAGACUGAUUACUCCACGCCGCAGUUGACAUGGCGGCCUGAUGGGUCUGGGAUUUGGGUUAAUGGAGAUGAUGGCGUGGUUCGUGGUAUUGAGACGAAAACCGGAAAGGUCAUGGCUACGUUGAAGGGUGGUCAUGAAGCGGGCUUUAAGGUGAGGACUGUUUGGUCAGGGUAUGUCGAUGUACCCCAGGAAGAGGGUGACCCCGUCCGGGAGGAAUGGGUUAUCAGUGGUGGGUUUGAUAAAAAGUUGGUUGUUUGGAAGGUAUGA